AUGGAUCGAAAGGUGCAGAGAGUCGCGAUCGGAGAGGGAGCUUUCCACAAUCCGCCGAAAGCUGCUUACAGCGAGGAAACGAAGAAUUUGAUCAAACUGUUGAUGGAAGAAUCAAAACUGUCGAUGAUGCAAAGGAAAACGAUUCAAGACGCGGUUAACAGAGGCGAUUCUUUGCCAUCUACCACGCCAAUAGCCAAGAAAGAAAAGGAGCAAUCGGAUAACGUACAAGUCCAAUAUCCUUCUGUUUGGAAGAGACGAUCUAAGGACAUGAUUUUAAGCAGCGGAGCUUACGAAAGGGAACAAUAUCGGCGUACAUCGCCUCUACCUAACAAAGAAAAGCAAAAGAGACACUUGGCCUGCAUAAUGGCUUAUGGCAAAGAAAUGCCGCCCACACCCCGGGAGACACCGGCACUGCUCAGACCCAAGAAACUUUUUCCACUUCCGGACGACGAGGAUCCUUUCAAGGAUCUCGUCCAAGGCAUCCGUGAGAGAAUCGAGUUUCUGCACGACAUGGAAUGCCUGGGUCUCGGUAAAAGGUACAGGCCCAUCAUACACCAGGAGAUCGCCCAGAAGAUACGGCUGAUCGAGUCGAUAGACAAGAGCAGGACGUCGGAGAUUAACAACGAAAUCGAGAAGUUUAAAGUCGAACGACCACCACCCAAGCCCUUUCCUCUUGGCGAACUGGAUGAUAAUUAUUAG